AUGGCUUCUUCAAAGAUGAUGAUGAGAAGCUUCUUGUUCUUGCUAAGCUUGAUUCUCAUAUGUAUUCUUACUCCCAGAAUAGACGCUCGUUUGCUUGAGAAAUCAAAUCCAGCAGAAGAAAUUGGGAAGCUGGAGAAGUCUGAUGACAAAGUGAAGAGUACUACAGGUGAGAUGAAGAUAUUACCAUUGCCUCCUGGAGUUCCAUUUCCACAGAUUCCUCCGUUUCCGUUUCCGUUUCCGUUUCCACCUGGAUUUAUUCCAAACAUUCCUCCCCUUCCUAACCUUCCGCCACUUCCUAACCUUCCUCCAUUUCCUAAAAUACCUUUACCUCCUUUUCCUUUCCCUCCCUAUCCUUUUCUCCCACCUUCUGUUCCAUGA